CUGAGUGACUCAGGCAUGACCUGUUUUGAGAGCUCAUAAGACAUUGCAUCUUUGCUCUGAUGGACCGACCGCGUUCUGACCACAUCCUGCUGGUCCUAUGCCUCCUCUUUCUGCUCUGUGUCCAUGGCAACGCUCAAGACCAAGGCCCUAAAUGUGAGGUGCGAGUCAAAAGAAACACCAUUUGGAAUGCUGUCCCUCAGAAAGCCCUAACAAUCAACUGCCCUGUGAGGCACUGUGGAAAAGAGCUACACGCCACCUGGUGUAAAUUUGUGGACCCAAUCCACUGCGAACAGAUACAUGAGACAGAGCAAGUCACAUUUGGAUGGAGGCAAAAUGGAGGUUCAGAACAUCUUUUGAUUUUGGAUUUUAAAAAGAUAUCUACGAAUGACGAUGGUUUGUACAGAUGUGGAGUUGCUGAAAAUGGGUCAACAUCUGUUAGCCAUGCUAUCAACGUCUCUGUCUCAGAUAGCAACCUGGAGAUUACAAGCACAGCAGACCACAACACAAAUGACUCACCAAAUGUAAAUCCUGAUUGGAAUGAUCUGAGCUGGCUGCCAUAUUUUUACAUCUGUGUGGGAAUAGUACUCCUGGUGGUCAUUGUGACAGCAAUUUCCUUCUUCUGUCUGCAUGCACGUAAAGGACCAACCAGGUCAACCGAAAAUAGAACAAAUAAGCAGGAGAUAUCCACACUGGCAGCACCAUGUCCAGACCUCUCCUUCAGCCCUGAGGGAACCUUUCCAUCAUCACCAUCCACCCCAAACCCUGCCCAGCCCACCAAUCUCUACGACAACGGUCUCUACUGCAACAGCAUCAAUGGGAAAAAUGGAGCUCUGCCAUCCUCUAACAUCAGAGCAGGAGGUCAAGUGUCAAGCCACCUUGUGUAUGCUUCCCUGAACCACCAGACCACCAGGUUGUCCCUGAGAUCCCCCCAUAGCCCGACCCCUCAGGAUGCGUUCUCUGAGUACGCAGCCAUCCGGGUCUACUAAGCUCUGAGAGAGACCUCAGCCAGUCCACAGCAGUACAGUGCUGCUAUACUGUCCUUCUGUGCUAGUUGUGUUCUUUGAUGGUGGUUUUUACAGAGGAAGAGGAAAGCUGAAAAUUUUUGUUGAUGAAAAUAUGACUCAUAGGGGGAUCUGUUUUCAUAUUAUAAUUUUUUGGGCCACUUUAUAUAACUCUCACUCAUUCAAUGAAACACUCUUCCUGGUUUAAUUGCAAUGGUGAGCAGUGUGUUAACCGCAGUGCAGCAGUGUUUCAGAGAAGAAGAUGUGAGAUGUAAAGAUGGGGUGUAACUGAGAAGUGUUAGAGCUAGAGAGUAUGUGCUUCUCAGUGAACCUCCUUCACAUCACACCUCAGAGUUUGAGGAGCAAAGGUGACCAUAACUCUCUCUUCAAGUUAUCUCACACAUAAUGAUGGUAAACCAUCAUUUGUUAAUUACUAUCAAGAAAUACAAAAUGUAUACAAAAGUAUGUUGACACCCCUUCAAAUUAGUG